AUGGCUAGGCUCAACGAAAUCCCGGUGCCGACAGAGACCCUAGAAACGCUUCGCAAGAAGAUGCUUCGCCAGAAUAGAGAACUCGCAAAGACAAACAACAUCCGAGCCCUUCGAAUCCGCGAACUGGAAAAUGAGUGCGCAUGUAUGCUGUCGGAAAAUCUCGAGCUGCGCAGCCGCAUCCUGGAGCUGGAAAAACAAGUCGACGACAGCGAGUCGCGAAGGAUAGCAGAUCACGCGAUGGCCAUCAAGGCCAAAUUAGAGUCGCAACUUACAGAAUGGGGCUCUCUUAUUGCAGAAUUGGGCCUCGAGCCGCCCGCCAAGAGGCAUUCGCCCAUGAUUAAGCGAAGAUCAAAGAACCCAUUGGGCUUCAGCGCGAGUCGGCCUAGUCCAUCUCAGAGGCGGCUACGCGAAAUUGCAAAAGAUGUUGAAGAACUUGGCGUCAUCAGCGAAAACAGGAGCAAUUCCCGGAGAUCCAUGAAUCAUGAACAAAUUCUGGCUCUCAGGUCAGAAGCUGAUAUCGAAUCGCCUGAACUGGGCCCUCCACCAAUGUCUAAAUACAUUGAGGAAGACCCUGUCAAGAUCGAUUCACCAACUAGAUCAAUGCCUGUUGAAAGCUCAAAGAAGACAAAGGGCCUGGAGCCCCCAAUUACACUAGCAUCGUCAAAAUCUGACCAAGUAGACGAUGGCGAGGAGCAGAUAGCGCAAAAGCGUGACCGGGUCAAUAAGCCCAAGAAUACUGCGGAUGCUGCACCAACUCUACCCGUUAAGGCCGGGUCAAAACGGAAAUUCGGAGCUCAAGACGACAACGAGAACAAUCAACCUCAGAAGGGAACGAACGAGAAGAGUAUUGGCAAGAUAUUAGUCGACAAGACAGAAGGAAGGUCGGGGAGGGGUUUCGUUAAGAUGAGAAAAACCUCGCAACUGGAGCUCUCAGAAAACGUUCGAAGACCGCUGGCAGUCAAGAGCACUAACGACGAUAUUCAAUCCCCGAGGAAAAUUUCCAAGUCAAAGCCAUCGGUGGUUGAUGAGAUAGCGACAGCCAAACUCAAUGCAGCAAAAUCGAGGGCGGCAUUUGAUCGACAAAAACAAAAAGCGAAGAACCCAUUACCCACUGAAGCAGAAGCCCUGCCUAUCUUUACGAUUGAACCUCAAGGAUCCUCGGGUGCAACAGUUGACUUGGCAGCACCCAUCCGAGAAUCAGCAUUGUUCUCGCCUGGCUCUCUGGCGGUGGACGUAUCGCCUGAGGGAUCACGAGGAGACACGCCUCCUCCUUCUCACAUCUCGUCCAACGGAGAGACAUCACGGCCUAGUAGGCGGAAUCGGACGACUAUCAGUUAUACUGAGCCUAACCUGAAGGGCAAGAUGCGACGACCAACUAAAGAGCUAUUUGACGCCGUAACUGGAGAAGGGAAAUACGCUCGACGGGUCAGCAACUACGAAUCCGCUCUGCCUGAAUCGACAAAGAGUAAACGAGAGAUGGCAGUAACCGAUAUUGAAGAUAAUCCGUCGAGCCCUCUGGCGGCAAAACAUUUAGCUACAGACGUCCUUCUAAGUAGCGUCGUUACGGAACGCCGCAAGCGUUCCUCGAGCAUAGCAUCAAAAGGCUUGGGAAUUGUCAACGAUGCUUUGAAGGACGCAGAGUCAUCCGAGGGAUCAAGAGAUACUAGUAUCAACCUUGAUAGUAGCGGUUUGGCAGAGGCCGAUGUGUAUGAGUUUACGAGCGAGUCGCCUCCGGCUGAGAAGGAAGUAGUCAAGGAACCAAAGAAACGGGGUCGGAGACGGACCACUACAUCAAGGCAUUCUACAAUCAAUCCCGAUGAUGACUAUAAAGACGACAAGUUAUCAACAAGAGAGAGGAUUAACUCUAGACGGAGGAGUAUGAUGGUAUGA